CACUUUUCACUCCCACUUCAUCCUCAAAACCUAAAAUGAAACACAAAUGCACUCCACAUAAAUCCCAAACACAAAUCCAACCCACUCACUAACCUUAUCUCUCUCUCUCACACACACACACCUUCUCUUAGCUUCUACUAUACCGUUACCAUCACUCCCACUCCUUCGCCGCAAAAACCCGACGAACACUUCACUUUCAACCAAUUCGACCCAACGGUGCAUGGAAUGACGGAAUACCGGUCGCCGCCGACGAUGAAUUUGUGGACCGACGACAACUCCUCCGUGAUGGAGGCUUUCAUGAGCUCCUCCGACCUCUCCUCGCUGUGGCUCCCUACGCCGCAAUCCGCCGCAUCAACCACAACUCCGGGACCCGACGCGAGUAGAGCUCCGCCUCCACCGCCGACGCCGACGCAGUCGCAGCCUCUGUUCAACCAGGAGACUCUUCAACAGCGGUUGCACGCGCUAAUUGAAGGUGCGAGAGAGAGCUGGACAUACGCCAUCUUCUGGCAAUCCUCUUAUGACUACUCUGGCGCUUCUCUCCUUGGUUGGGGCGAUGGCUAUUACAAAGGCGAGGAGGACAAAGGAAAAGGCAAAGCUACCAAAACGACGUCGUCUGCGGAACAGGACCACCGCAAAAAGGUUCUCCGUGAACUCAAUUCCUUAAUUUCUGGUCCUUCUGCCUCUGGCGACGAUGCGGUGGACGAAGAAGUCACCGACACUGAAUGGUUCUUUCUGGUGUCAAUGACUCAGUCCUUCGUCAACGGUAGUGGGUUACCGGGCCAGGCUUUCUUCAAUUCCAGCCCGGUUUGGGUCACUGGAGCGGACCGGUUGUCCGGUUCGGCCUGCGAGCGGGCCCGCCAGGGUCAGGUGUUUGGGCUGCAGACUCUGGUUUGCAUACCCUCUGCAAACGGCGUCGUUGAGUUGGCUUCCACUGAAGUUAUUUUCCAGAACGCUGAUCUGAUGAACAAGGUGCGCGUUUUGUUCAACUUCAACAACCUGGAUGCCGGUUCGUGGCCAUUGAAUUCCGUUACAACGGAUCAGGGGGAGAACGACCCGUCCUCUCUCUGGCUCAGCGAUCCCUCUGGGAUUGAAAUAAGAGAUUCUGCUGCUAACACCGUUGCGCCAGAUUCGGCCAAUACUGGGACAGUUAGCAAGACGUUGCAGUUUGAAACCCCUGGUUCCAGUACUCUAACCGAGGCCCCAAGUGCUGUUCAUGUUCCCAACUCUCACCAGCAGCGCCAGCAGUCGCAGAGCCAGGGCUUAUUCCCGAGGGAAUUGAACUUCUCCAGCUCUUUGAAGCCAGAAUCCGGCGAGAUUCUUAGCUUCGGGGAGAGCAAGAAGAACUCUUACAAUGGGAAUUUCUUUCCCAGCGUUGUUGCUGAGGAGAACAAGAAGAGAAGGUCCCCUGUUUCUAGGAGCAGCAUUGAUGACGGAAUGCUCUCCUUCACUUCCGGUGUGAUCUUACCGUCUUCGAAUUUGAAGUCCGGUGGUGGUGGUGGUGGUGAUUCCGAUCAUUCCGAUCUUGAAGCAUCUGUGGUUAAAGAGGCUGACAGCAGCAGAGUGGUGGAGCCGGAGAAACGGCCUCGGAAAAGGGGGCGAAAGCCGGCAAAUGGUAGAGAGGAACCUUUGAAUCACGUGGAAGCGGAGAGGCAGAGGAGAGAAAAGCUGAAUCAGAGGUUCUAUGCACUUCGUGCUGUUGUUCCUAAUGUGUCGAAGAUGGACAAGGCAUCGCUUCUUGGCGAUGCCAUAUCUUACAUAAACGAGCUGAAGUCAAAGCUUCAUGGACUGGAAUCGGAGAAAGGUGAAUUGGAGAAGCAAUUGGAUUCAACGAAAAAGGAACUUGAGCUGGCAAGUAAACACCCUCCCCCUCCACCACCAUCUGAUAUAGAAGCAAAGAAGAUGACAACCAAGCUGGUUGAUUUGGAUAUAGACGUGAAAAUCAUAGGUUGGGAUGCUAUGAUUAGGAUCCAAUGCAGCAAGAAGAACCACCCUGCUGCCAGGUUGAUGGCAGCUUUGAAGGACUUGGACCUGGAAGUACAUCAUGCCAGUGUGUCCGUGGUGAAUGAUUUGAUGAUCCAACAAGCCACGGUGAACAUGGGAAAUCGGUUUUACACGCAGGAGCAGCUCCUGUUAGCGCUGUCAUCCAAAGUUGGCGAUGCACGGUAACUCUACACCAUUUGGAUAAGAUGGUGUAGAGCUCUGGGACAUUUUAUGGCUUCCCGGUAGCUGUAACUGUCUGUAAAAUAGUGUUCUUUUCUAAUUUUUAGCUAGUCCUUUUUGAUAGCUUAGUUUAAAAUUAAAUUUUGAGGUAAUUUGAUUUGGGAAGCUGGAUGGACUAAAACUAGGGACAGUUUUUCUUCAAAUCUGCGGAGAAAGAUAGUUAGCAGCUAUGAUGAAGUCACAAUGGACUUUUUGUGUUAAUAUUAUCCGUCUAGAUCACUAGAUUGUAUAUAUGUUCAUCAAUUAUCAUAAAUGUGAACUCAACUUUUAUAAU